AUAAUACUUCAAAGAUAACUGCGAUUCAUGUUAUUUUAUCAGGUUGAUAGGGAAAAAUUCACUUCCUGGUUGGGUAAACUUUUAGCAAUAAAAUAGGUUGUAUUUUUAAGGAGUAGUAAUGGAUAGUGCAGAGUAAAAAAGCAGGUUAUAUUCAGGUUAUAUUCAGGCAAGAUAGGAAAAUGUAGAUUCAUCCAAAAAAAGCUUGUGAGUUGAUGGACUAACAGCUGUGAUUAUUCAUAGUAUACGACAUUUACCAGGAAGAUUAAAUAUCAAAUUACAAUAUACAAGGAAGAAAGACAGUGAAGCACAAUGCCCUCUGUAGGAUUUAUCCGUGUGAAGCUGUUACAGGUGGAGAGGGGACCCAGUAUGGACAGUAAAGCAGACGUGUUCGAUCCUUACAUUGCUAUUAACGUUAAAGAGGCUGUAAACACACCAGGGAGAGGAAUUCAGCUUGUGCAAAGGAAGAAGACUAUCUACCCGGAAUGGAACACAUGUUUUGAUGCACAUCUUUAUGAAGGACGUGUCAUACAGAUGGUUGCCAUGGAGAGACCCAAUCGUUUUUUAGCAGACACAACUGUUAGUGCUAAAGCAUUGGCAGACAAAUGUUCUGACUCAAAUAUAGUUACAGCAUGGCUGGAUUUGAAACCGUCUGGUAGACUGCAGUGUCAGAUUAGAUAUUUCACAGAAAAUGAAGAAGUUACCCGUUCCAAGAAGGGAGGUAGUAAGGAUGAAAUAAAGCAAAUGCAGCCAUCAGUUGUCGAGAAACAGGUGGGAGGAAUUACAAGACGUCGCGGUGCCAUUAAACAGCAGAAAGUGCACGAGGUCAGAGGUCAUCAGUUCAUCGCAAAAUUCUUCCGACAGCCUACAUUCUGCUCAUACUGCAAUGACUUUUGCUGGGGCUUGAACAAACAGGGUUAUCAGUGUAAAGUGUGCAAUUGUGCUGUUCAUAAGAAAUGCCAUGGGAAGAUUCUAGGAAAUUGUCCAGGCAGCGCCAAGGACAGCAGGGAAACUAAGAUGCUAACUGAAAGAUUUAAUAUAAAUGUACCACACAAGUUCAAGGUGAACAAUUACAUGUCCCCGACAUUCUGUGACCACUGCGGAACUCUACUUUAUGGUCUGUUUAGACAAGGAUUAAAAUGUCAAGUUUGUUCUGUGAACUGCCACAAGAAAUGUGAGAAGUUUAUGCCAAAUUUGUGUGGUGUAAAUCAGAAGCUAUUUGCUGAAGUAUUACAGACAGUGAAGAAAUCAGGGGAUGACCGUAGAACUUCUGUGUCCCCUGAUAAAACUGGAGCUGGGAAAGGUGGAGAUGAAGACUCAUCAGAAGAAGAGGGUUACGAACAAGUAUGGGACAAACAGAAUCGUGACGUCCCUCCGGCACCACCACCUAAAAAGAGAUUCUCUCCAGAACAGUUCAAUAUGCUCAAAGUUCUCGGGAAAGGAAGUUUUGGGAAGGUGAUGCUGGCAGAAUUAAAAGGAACAAAUACAUUCUAUGCAAUAAAAGUGUUGAAGAAAGAUGUUGUAUUAGAGGACGAUGAUGUAGAAUGUACGAUGAUAGAGAAAAGAGUAUUAGCACUGGGAUGUAAACAUCCGUACCUUACACAUCUACACAGCACAUUUCAGACACCUAGCCACUUAUUCUUUGUGAUGGAGUAUUUAAAUGGUGGGGAUUUGAUGUUUCAUAUACAAGUGUCUGGCAAGUUUGAAAUGAAUAGAGCUCAAUUUUAUGCAGCAGAGAUUCUACUAGGAUUACAAUUUCUUCAUUCCCAAGGUAUUGUGUACAGAGACUUGAAGCUUGAUAAUGUAUUAUUGGACAGAGAUGGACAUGUAAAAAUAGCUGACUUUGGUAUGUGCAAAGAAGGGAUAUUCGGUGAAAACAGAGCCAGUACAUUCUGUGGAACUCCUGAUUAUAUAGCCCCUGAGAUUUUGAAAGGCCAGAAGUACACAACAUCGGUAGAUUGGUGGUCGUUUGGAGUACUGUUGUAUGAAAUGAUGAUAGGACAGUCACCAUUCCAUGGUGAUGAUGAAGAUGAUCUUUUCCAUUCUAUUCUUAAUGACACUCCCCAUUAUCCAAGAUGGCUGCCAAAAGAAGCUGGAUCAAUACUCAGUUUGUUAUUUGAGAGGACCCCUGCAGAUCGAUUAGGUAUGCCAACCUGUCCGGCAGGACCAGUCAGGGCUGUACCAUACUUCCGCAAUAUAGACUGGGAAAAACUGGAAAGAAAACAAGUAGAUCCACCAUUCAAGCCAAAGAUUAAAUCUGACAGUGACAUAUCAAACUUUGACACCGAUUUUACGAUGGAAAAGGUAGCUUUAACACCACCUGACAAAGAUCUAAUGAAAACAAUGAACCAACGACUUUUCCAGGGAUUCAGUUUUACCAGUGUUAUAGCAUUAUGAUAGACUAUCUUACAGUUUGUAUUAUUCUCUAGUAUGUAUGUUACACAACAAAAGUUGGACAGCUUUUGUGUUUUUUGAAACGUCUUGUUUUAUAAUAGUUAUAUGCUAUAAUAAGCAGAAGUUUACACUUAGGAAUUUGUUUUAUUUUUAAAUUCUGUGAUGUGGUGUAUGUCUUGAAAAAGUCUUUUUAUGUGUAAAGAUAACGGAAGUUAGGAAUCUUUCAAGUUGUGAGGGUCUCCGCGACCUUGUGUUUAUGGUGUAUGGCUGUUGAAUCACUUGCCCUUGUCACCAUUUUGGGUUCCAAACCCUGAAAAGAGAUAUAGAACUCUUCCAAGUGAGGAAACAAUCCAUCUGGCAUGCAGACACUGGCCAUAGCCAGAUAUAAUACCAGGAGUCACCUUUGGUCUUUCUCAGGCCUAGGAUUUGUCAGGACUGGUACUGAUUUCAGCCUUUUGGCUGCAAGAAUUUCUCUAUAUAACUUCUAUUGAAAAGGACAUUUCAGGCUUUAGAAUGUAGAUUUUUUGGAUUUUGAUUUUUGAAUGAAUACCAGGCCUGCAUUUGCACCAUAAAAAGUUAAAAAUUGUAUCAGUGUGGCUUCAGAUCCAGUGAAACAAACAAACAAACUAAAAGUUAGAAUCAGUCGUUUUAAAUGUUUCUCAGUCAAACUCUCUUGAUCGAUUAAUUUACUGGGUGCCACUGUCAUUGACUAGAUUUUGUAUUAUGUGGUUAUUUAAUAUUGUAAAACACUUUAUUUGUAAGAAUUUUAAUAGCCGUGCCAUGGGAAAAUCAACAUAGUGGGUUUGCGACCAGCAUGGAUCCAGACCAGCCUGCGCAUCCGCGCAGUCUGGUCAGGAUCCAUGCUGUUCGCUUUCAAAGCCUAUUGCAAUUAGAGAAACUGUUAGCAAACAGUAUGGAUCCUGACCAGACUGCGCGGAUGCGCAGGCUGGUCUGGAUCCAUGCUGGUCGCAAACCCACUAUGUUGGUUUUCCCAUGGCGCGUCACUUAUGUAUAAAUGACUUUUAUCUGUCACUAUUUAAAGCAGAUAGAAAAUUUUAGACCUAUGCAUGUCUGUAUUGUUCAAUAGUCAAAUUUUUUAAAAAAUAUUUGCCAGUUUGAGUCUGGAGAUACUUAGCAAAUUAGAAAUUUUAUGGAAAGAAAAUACAUAGUAAGGCAACUUUUAUAUAAUACUGAAAAUUUGAAGCUUUUCAAAGAACAUGUUGAGAUGAUUAUGUAAAUUUAAGUGUUUUGUUGUAGAAGAUUUGGUACUUCAAUGAUGUUUUAUAUGCAAGAAGUGUAUGUGAGAAAUGUGACAUCUCAUUUGUAAAUAUUCUCCUGUAAAGAUAUGCUGUAUUGUUUCCAAUUAUCAUUGACCUGUCCCUCUGUCUCAUGGCUAACUAUGUUUUUACUAGGCUCUAUUUUUUUUGCUGAAUACAGAUUUUGACAAAACUAUAGCAUUUUUGCAAUUUGUGCAAAGUUUCAACAGAUUUGUUUAGUCAAGGACUCUACAUAAAACUUAUAUACUUGACUCUAAGACUGUUAUGUACAACUGUAAAAAUGUUAAUGAAUAUGGGCUUUGAAGACGCUAUGGAAUAUUUUGCUGGUCAGUCAUUUUUAGAAAGUGUCUAAAAACAGUGGUGUUAAUUGGAGACAAAAUGGCAUGUGUUAGUAUGUAAUCCAGAGUUCAAGUUUCUCAAGGAAAUUCAAGGAAUCGGACACCUUUUCCUUGUAUUUGUUUUUAUCCUGUUAAAUCUGUUAAUGUUAAUCUAUUACUUUUAUCGUAUCGUGAUCUUUGUCUAUGUUUUUAUGUAGUGAGGGCGGAAUGGAAGGUUGUCGCAAGUGAGUUACGAAAGAUUUUCUGUUUGCUCUCAGUAGAGGAACUUAUUUCUGUGACAAUCAAAAUUACUUUUUGUUUACUUGUGAUAUUGUCAUGUACCAUUGUCUAAUUUUCAUGAGUGAAAACCUCCGUAUAUCAGUUAACUUGAGAGUGUAAGCAUUUGCAAAAUAAGAUUUCUUUGUAGGAAGUUGGUCAUUUAUGCAAAUUUAACCACAUAGAGCUUCAUUUGAAUAAGUAACAGGUUUAUUAAAUGGUAGUCGGCACAAUGUUGUGUGCUAAGAAAAUUAAGCAUGCCAGAGUGCAUACAGUAAUUUACAAAGAGAGAAUAUUCUAGAAGGGCACUUUUAAUGACCAAAAAGACUUAUUUUAACUUGUAUGAAGUGCUGUUGCUUUUAAUGUCUGUUUAAAUACAUGUUUGAUAACUAAAGUUAUAAUGGCAGUAAUUGGCAUUAAUUAUUCAGGUAAUUCUGCUUGUAGUAAUGGCCUAAUGUCAUUUAUCAGGAUAAUGAGGAAUAUAGUCUGGACUUGGUGUAUAGAAGUGAUUUUUUUUCCAUGUGAAAAUUUAUUAAAAUUGCAACAUUAUUAGCUUUCUAAUGAUGAAAUAUGAUGAGAAAACAUGUGAAAUAAUUCCAGAUAGUAUCCCAAAGUCAGUCUGUCAUGUGUGCAUCACUUUAGUCAUGGGCAAAUAUCUCAAAAUCAAGCACACAAACCUAUACAUUUUAGAUCACCAUAUUGUAGACCAUAUGUUUAUGACUGUGUGAAGUUUCAUUAAAACCUACAUUAUGGAAAAAAAAUCAGUUAGGGAAGAUGACUGUUAUCAUUAUGUUUAAAGUGUGUGAGGUGCAAAUCAAAUAAGUCAAGCAAAAUAAGCACACAACCCUAUCUUAUUUAUUUGCCAGAUUUUCUAAGUAUAUUCUUAGGUUUAAAAAAAAAUCAAGGAUUAAUUAAAUUCUACAAAAUUUUUCACCCAAAUGUCAAGAACUACAUUUAUUCAGGUCAAAUCAUAUUAGAUUUUGAAUAGUGAACAAGACCAAUAUUUUACACACCCAUUUCUUCUCUUACUUUUAAACUGUUCGCUUGCAGUAAAUAAAAUCAAAUUUGGAGACCAGUCUCAAACUCCUGCAUUUGAUUGGUUGUUUCUAAACACAGAUUUGAAACUGACCAAUGACAGUGUUCCACUUUUAGACUUGUAUACAAACUCAAUUUUAGAACCUGGAAUAACUAUUGGGAACAGUCUUGCUACUUGUAAAUGUUACUAUGGCAAAAAACAUUAUUAUUCACUUCUCAGGUUACUUGAUCUAGAAAUCAUGUCCAGUAGUUGGUUAGAAAACUCGGUUGUUGCAUAUUUCAUCAGUAAAGUUCUAAUCUAUAAGAUAGUGUAAAAUCAAAUAAAUUGGUGAUAAUGCAUACAUUCAGAAAUUUUUGGAUUUAACUUGUAAGAAAUUAUGAAAAUUCAAAAUUUACAAUUGCCUAAGAAGAAUAAUUGAAAAAAAUCAGAUUGUAUUUUUCCUGCUUACUUAACUUAUGAGCACUGAGAUGUGAAACCAAAAUUUGUAGUCCUGUUUGGCGCCAUAUAACCUAUACUGUGUUGGUGCGCUGUAAAACCCAAAUAGAUAAAUAAAUAAAUAACUUAUGAGCAUUUUGAUAAUUUAUAUUGAAGUCUGCGAGUUCAGUGGCAUAAUAUUUUGUUAUCCAUUUUUAUCGUUGUUAUAAAGUUUAUCUCGUAUACAUAUAUAUCAUGUCCUUUUGUUUGUGUUAUUUAUAUUUAACAAGUUUGUCCCAAAGAAUGUUCAGAUACUCUCUUUUAGAAUAUAACAUGUCUGUUCAGUUCAGUGUGAUUGAAAUGUAGAUAGAGUGUGUGAGAGAGCAAUUAACCGUUAUCAUGCUGGUCACGAUUGGUUUUGCCUUUACGACCAGUGUAGAUCAUGAUCAGCCUGCACAUCCUUGCAGUCUGAUCAUGAUCUGCACUGUUCGCUGUUCAGUCAGUACCUUUUUGGUAAGAACCCCUUUUAACAGUGAAUGGUACUGUCCAAAUUGAAAGAUGGACAAGUUCAUUAUAGAACUUUAGCAAGGUAAGGGUUGAAUGUGAUUUACUUUCCCUACCUACUGGUACCAAGCUUGACAGGAGGCUGAUCAUGGAGUUACUCAAUAUUUUAAUAAAUGUAAAAUAAGUAAGACUUUAUGACUGAAAAAUUGUUGAAAAAGACGUUAAACCUGAACACACGCACACACACAAGACGUUACCAGUUUAUUGUGUUUAAAUAUUGAUACAUUAUAUAAACUUCAAAGUUAUUUAACUUACAACAAAUGCAGUGCAUGUACCAUCCUAGAAUUAUAUGCUGUAGAUUGUAUAAUAUUUUUAGAGUUUUAUUUUUUACUAUAUAGUAUUUACACAACUAUUUCCAUUGAAUCAAAGUACAGGGAAAGCUUUCCAGUAUACAUUUUAACAUUGUUUAGCGGUACUUUAAUUAACUCUUCUCAGUCACUCCGUAAUUAUAAGAGCAAGGAUCCCAUCUUGUUUUGAAUGAUUAAUUCAACCAAAGAGCUAUAAAAAUAAACAGAUCAACAAGUUGAAAGGCAUAUAGAGCAAAUCUCGCCAACAUCUUGUGGGAACCAAAUGAGAUCUCGUUUUACCGGUGUAUGAAACAGAAAUCAGAAGGAUGAAAAUUUGUGUUGUGAAAAACUUUGUACCAGAUCAUUAUAUCUCCCACCACAUGUGUGUCUGUCACAAAUCUUGUCCGCACUCUAAGUCGAACAUUUCUCAUCCGAUCUUCACCAAACUUGAACGAUGUGUGUUUGCCAAUAAAUCCUCGGCCAAGUUCGAUAACUAACCAAAUCAGCCCAGGCACUUCGGAAUUAUGGUCCUUGAAAAUUGUUUUUGAUCAUCAAAGCACUGAAAGUCUGAUCUUGGUGCAUGAUUUCAGAUACUAGUAUUCAGAUGAUUAGGCAGUUGCGGGAGACAUGCGCUUUUCUCAAAAGCAGCUCUAGUUUGUUUAUAAUGUUAAUGGUGGUGUUUUAAUGUUGUUAGUAUUUUCUACACAGGGAAGGAAUGAAUUUAUGAUUCGAAGUCUGAGAAAUCAACAGUGGUCAUUAGCUCGACUAUAUGAAGUAUGGAGAGCUAUCCUACUCGACCCAGCGUCCGCGUCCUUCCGCGUCCACACUUUGGUUAAAGUUUUGAUGCACUUUCUCAAUAUCUUUGUUAUAACUUGAUGGAUUUGCUUCAAACUUAAAAUAGUUGUUCCUUAUCGUCUCCCACAUUAUGUGACAAAAGGUGCAUGACUCUUGUGUCAAUAUUUCAUGAAUAAUCCACCCUUUUUACUUAGAAUUUCAGGUUAAAGUUUUGGUGCACUUUCACUUUAUCUCAGUUAUUACUUAAUGGAUUUGAUUCAAACUUAAAACAGUUGUUCCUCAUCAUCACCCAUGUCAUAUGACACAAGGUGCAUAACUCUGGCACCAAUUUUUUAUGAAUUAUCCCCCUUUUUACUUAGAAUUUCAGGUUAAAGUUUUGGUACACUUUCACUUUAUCUAAGUUAUUACUUAAUGGAUUUGAUUCAAACUUAAAAUAGUUGUUCCACAUCAUCACCCCACAUCAUACAGCAAAAGGUGCAUAACUCUGGCACCAAUUUUUCAUGAAUUAUGCCCCUUUGUUACUUAGAAUUUUAUGUUAUUUUUGAUGCAUUUUCAUUGUAUCUGUGUUAUUUCACAAGGGAUUUUAUUCAAACUUAAAAUAAUUGUUCAUCAUCACUACCUGCAUCAUUUGACACAAGGGGCAUAACUGUGACACCUGUAUUUUAUUAUUUUAUUUGUACUUAAAAUUUAGGUGAAAGUGUUGAUGCACUUUCACUUUAUCUCUGUUAUUACUUGAUGGAUUUGCUUCAAACUUAAAAUAGUUGUUCCUCAUCAUCACCCACAUCAUAUGACACAAGGGUCAUAACUCUGGCACCAAUAAUUCAUGAAUUACCUGCCCCCCUUUAUACUUAAAAUUUCAGGUUAAUUUGGUGCACUUUCACUAAAUAUCUGACUUAUUACUAAACGGAUUUGAUUCAAACUUAAAAUAGUUGUUCUACCUUACCACCCACAUCAUAUGACACAAGGUGCAUAACUCUGGACCAUUUUUUCACGAAUAAUGCCUCCUUUUUACUUAGAAUCUUAUGUUAACUUUGAUGCAUUUUCACUGUAUCUCAGUUAUUAGGAAAUGGAUUUAAUUCAGACUUGAAGUAGUUGUUCCACAUCAUCACCCACAUCAUAUGACACAAGGUGCAUAACUCUUGCACAAAUAUUAUAUGAAUUAUGCCCCCUUUUUGCUUAGUAAUUAUGCUUACAUGGUAUUUUGAUACAUACUUACAUGGUAUUUUGAUACACUUUAUCUUUAUCUCUCUUAUUACUUAAUAUUUUUGACACAGACUCAAGCUAUUGUGCAAUAUCGUCAUCCACCAUUGGAGUCAUUAAACACUCCAGUGACAGCUCCAGUUUCCUAAGGUGUGCCCAGUUUCACUAUCCAGCAUCGAAAUAGUCGAGCAUGCUGUCUCCUGUGACAGCUCUUGUUUGAAAAUUGGACCCAAUUCAGUCUGCAGUAUCGCCACUGUUAUACUUUAAUAAGCGUCUGUUGAUUUGAUCAUGAGUAAUCCAAGUCAGCAAACUGCUUCAAUAAGAUAACACUGGUUAACACGGUGAUACAAGACUACCCGAGAUUUUCUCCUGUUGCGAUUCUGUGUAUUUUAUACUUCUUUGAUUCAACAUUAUUCAUAUAUUUCUUCAUGUUAAAACUUUAUUAUGUGGGAGUUAAAUUGAAACAUCUGCAUUAUUUGAUAUGUGAGAAAUGUAACUAUAUGAAUUGUAUCAGUAUGCUUGCAAAAAAUAUUCAAGGUGAUAAACAGUAUGGAAUCAUAGACUGACAGUAUUUAAUUCAUUAAACAGAAAACAAAAAAGGUUACUAGAUUUCUUUUGGAAACAUACUGAGUGUUUAUUUUUCAGCCAAUCAAAACACAUUUUCUGUACUAUUUUCUGUGUGUGAUACAAAUCUUGCUUAUCAAAGGGGGGUAACUGUUACAGUUGUCUGAAUUGCAACAUAUAGACAAUUUUAGGAAAAAUAAUUAUCAUGCACAUAUAUUGUGCAACACAUUUUGCAUUAAUUUAUGACAUAAAAAAUGUCUUGUUUUUUUUUUUUUUUUUUUAUUUUUAGCUCACCUGAGCCAAAGGCUCAUGGUGAGCUUUUGUGACCAGUCAAUGUCCGUCGUCAGUCGUGUGUCGUCGUCCGUGUGUCCGUCAACAUUUUCUAAAAAAAUCUUCUUCUUGAAAACCACUGGGCAGAAUUACACCAAACUUCACUGGAAUGAUCCUUGGAUGGCCCCCUUUCAAAUUGUUCAAAAUAUUGAAUUCCAUGCAGAACUCUGGUUGCCAUGGCAACUGAAAGGAAAAACUUAAAAAAUCUUCUUGUCCAAAACCACAGGGCCUAGGGCUUUGAUAUCUGGUGUGUAGCAUCAUCUAGUGGUCCUCUACAAAGACUAUUCAAAUUAUCCCCCUAGGGUCAAAUAUGGCCUCGCCCUGGGGGUCAUAUAGUUUAUAUAGACAUACAGGGAAAACUUUGAAAAUCUUCUUGUACAAAACCACAUGGCCUAGGGCUUCGAUAUUUGGUUUGUAGCAUCAUCUAAUGGUCCUCUACCAAAGUUGUUCAAAUUAUCCCCCUAGGGUCAAAUAUGGCCCCGCCCCGGGGGUCCCAAGUUUUACAUAGACUUAUAUAGGAAAAAAAGUUUUUAAAUGUUCUUGUCUGAAACCACAAGACUUAGGCCUUUGAUAUUUUGUUUGUAGCAUUGUCUUAUGGUCCUCAACCAAAAUUGUUCAAAUGAUACACCUGGCAAGGAAAAAGGCCCUGCCCUGGGGGUCCCAUGUUUUAUAUAGACUUGUAUCGGACAGGGUUUGCACAGGCCUUGAAAAGUCCUUGAAUUCAAUGGUAGUCCUUGAAAACUCCUUGAAAAUGACAAAAACCCUAAAAAACCUGGAAAAGUACUUGAAUUUUGAAAAAAAAAAACUCCUUGAAUUUGACCUUUCACUUCUUGAAAAUAUUCUUUCCGUAACUUUGCUUUGCUAAAAGAAUUUAUAAGGCUUAAAGUAAAUCAGAGAAAAUGAAAAUAAAUUCGUGAAAUUGCAGGAUCGGGUAUCGUAUGCUAUUAUAGUGGUCUACUGCCACACUUUAUCGAUAUUUACAGAGUGCUAUUUCUACUGUAUCACCGUUUGCAUGUUUCCGUUCCCGUUUUAAAAAAAUACGGGGAAUAAUAACUCGCAUUUUUUUGCUAUUUUCGAGUGUUUCCAGUGAAUUAAGAUGAGUAAGAAAAAUAAACAUGUUUACUCAAGUAAGUGGGAGACAAAGGACGAAUAUAAACAGUGGCUGAAGCCCUGUAGAGCAGACAGAACGAAGUGUACUGACUUUCUUGAUAUUUGAGCAUCAGUUUGACAUUUGAAAAAUUCAUCUAAAAUGUGUUGUAAAAUUAUAUGUGUAUGUUAAUUAUGUUUCAACAUCUUUUGGAUAUGGCAUCUGUAUGGGUUGCCAAAACUAUACAAAGGUGUUGCAAAGUCAUUUUCGGGGAUAAAAAUAUGUGCAUCAUCAUGAUUGGUUGCAACAACAUCAUUUAGAUUAUAUAGAUAUGUUGGAAUAUCAUUUCCAUAGAUAAAAAUAAAAUGUUGGAACGUCAUUUCCAUAUUUAAAAAAAAAAUGUUGGAUGAUCAUGUGCAUUGGUUUCAAAAUAUAUGUUCCAACAUUUUGUAGUUUAGCUGAUGUGCAAGAUUUUUUAGAGAAUUAAGAUCUGAAGAACUUACAACACAUUUGAAGUUAAUGAAUAAGUUUAAACAGUUAGCACAAUACAUUAAAAAGAGGCUUGUAACCUUCUUUCGAGUUUUUCAGUUGUCCUCUUCUCUUUCUUUAUGAUCUUUAUAUUAUUUUACUGUAUAUAAUUAUUAUUCAGAGAGGUAAAAUGUUAAAAUAUGGCAUUGUACUUCUGAUUUGAAAUGGAACUUUAGUAUUUUAUAUAGAGUGUUCAUAUUAAUUGUCAUCCCUACCAUGACUUGUGGGGUAUUUGAUUAAUUACCAGUAUUUUACUUUCAACUUCAAUCACUGUUAACUGUAGAUAAAUGCAAAAUAUCUUUAACACUGCACAGUUGUAAAGAAAAUAGAAAUAUAUGAUACACAAGCAUU